GGUGCAAUUGAUCACGAGCUCGCUCGUGGUGGUAGAGUUCGUGACCGGGGAAGAGGAAGCGCCGACCCCGACGGUUAGAAGACCCUGAGGUGGCUUCGAAGAGGCGCUGCAUGCGAGAACGCCGCGAUCCACGAAUCCUUGCGUCGAAACGCCCCUCCACGUUCGCCGUGCAAGUCAAUCUGCCCGCAAUCUCGGGCGUAGCGCGCACGCUGCCAUCAUUGCACGCGCUGGAAUGUGCGCCAUCACGGACGCGGGCGAUAGACGCAGGGCGAGUGCGCGGGGUCUCUCCCAGUCCUGCAUCCUUGCUCGGGCGUGCACUAGACCUGCUGCGGAGGAGCAGUGACAGUUUCCUCCGUAUCGGAGCGCUCGGGAAGCAGCCCAUGAGAGGCGCCCCAAAUCAACGCUCGACACGGUCGCGUCAGGUCAGGGGCCUUGGUAUUAUUGUGCGCGCCUCGUUCCACCCGUCAUGGAAGGGCCACAGCCUCGCUCCCGAUCUGCGCUCCCCGGAACGCGCACUCGGGGCGCGCGCACUACAUCACAACCACAUCGCUUCAUCACAUCACCUGAGCUCUGCGGUCAGGGACUUCAUCAAGGAGUCAUGGUGAUACACCCCGGAUUUGCUGGGGAACAAUUGCGCUCGAUGGCAUGCACAGAUGACUUUACGCCGCAGCUUCGAUCUCUGCAAUGUACUUCUUCGAAUCCU